UGACAAAAGGUGAGUCACAUGUUACUAUUGAAAGCAACAGACUAAAUUAACAAGAAAGGAAUUUGACUGUCAUUUCCACAACGUCUGUUCGAGAGAAUCUGCAAAACCUGAAAUGGUCAAAAACACCAAUAUUCGAAUCAGUCUCCCUGCGGUUUGCUUUGUCUGGCAGAUUGCUAUGAUCAUCCUAUUUGGUGUGUUCAUCCGUUAUAAUGAGGAGUCUGACACCCAUUGGAUCGAAACACGGAAAAAGAACAAUAUUUCCACAGAUUUAGAGAAUGACUUUUACUAUAGAUAUGCAAGUUUUCAGGAUGUGCAUGUGAUGAUCUUUGUUGGUUUUGGAUUCCUCAUGACCUUUCUGAAGCGUUACAGUUUUGGUGGUGUUGGCUUUAAUUUUCUCAUCGCAGCCUUUGGCAUUCAGUGGGCUCUGCUGAUGCAAGGCUGGUUUCAUUCCCUUGACAAAGAGGACUGGAAGAUCAAAAUCGGCAUUGAGAACCUCAUCAAUGCAGAUUUCUGUGUGGCUGGUUGUCUCAUUGCAUAUGGUGCUUGUCUUGGAAAAGUCAGUCCAGUACAACUGAUGGUUCUUACUCUGUUUGGAGUCACUCUGUAUGCUGUUGAAGAGUACAUCAUUCUCAGUCUCCUUCAUGUGAGAGAUGCUGGUGGUUCCAUGGUCAUCCACACUUUUGGGGCAUAUUAUGGUUUAACCAUAUCUUGGGUCUUGUAUCGACCAUUGCUGUCUCAAAGCAACCAUUUACAACGAUCUGUAUACCACUCUGAUGUAUUUGCAAUGAUUGGCACUCUGUUUCUUUGGAUGUUCUGGCCAAGUUUUAAUUCAGCAAUUGCGGAUCAUGGAGAUGGCCAGCAUAGAGCUGCUAUAAACACUUACCUCUCACUGGCCGCAUCGGUUCUCACUACCUUUGCCCUUUCCAGUCUCUCAAAGAAAUAUGGAAAACUCGACAUGGUACAUAUUCAGAAUGCUACCUUGGCUGGUGGUGUUGCGAUGGGAACGGCUUCAGAGUUCAUGAUUACACCUUACGGCUCUCUGAUAGUGGGAUUCUGUUCGGGUAUUGUUUCCACCCUUGGAUAUGUUUUUCUGACUCCUUUUAUGGAAAAAACCUUGAAGAUACAAGAUACUUGUGGUAUACAUAACCUUCAUGCAAUGCCUGGAGUAAUUGGUGGAAUUGUUGGAGCUGUUACUGCAGCUUGUGCCAGUGAAUCAGUUUAUGGACAUGAAGGACUGAUUAAAAUGUUCGGCUUUGAGGGAAAGGUUUCUAACAGAACAGCCAGCGUCCAGGGAGGAUACCAGGCUGCAGGUCUCUUUGUAGCCAUGGCAUUUGGCCUUGUAGGUGGAGCUUUGGUUGGUGGGAUACUAAAGCUGCCAAUCUGGGGAGAUCCAACAGACAGCAACUGCUUUGAUGAUGAUAUUUACUGGGAGGUUCCCGAGGAAGAGGAUGAAAAUAUUCCUGCCUUUGGACAUCAAAACAUGCAUCAUGUAGGAAGGACACCAGAUGUACAUCACCGAAGUCAUGUGUAAGGGGGCAAAGCAACAACAGCAACCUGAAAAUUCCACAUCUAAAAGAAUGAAGAUGAAAUAGGAAUCAUGAAGGCUUCAAAGACUGAUUAGACAAGCUACUCAAUGGAAAAUUUUAAGUUUGUCACGUGACAAGAUGUGAUGUGUGUUAGUCAAUGUCAUAAUCUUCAAGAAUCUUCUGUGUAGCACCAGACUAACCAGUGCUGCCACUGCUACUUCAACAAAAACAAUUUCAAAAAGUCCUCGCGGCUUUAUUUCCUUUUUGAAUUCUUUGCAAAGAUAAGAUUACACAUCUUAUCUUUGUCUGGAAUAUAACAAUCUAUAUUGAUUCAAUUUUUUAUACUGAUAGUAAUCAUCAUAUAAUGAAUCUGUUCAGACUAAAGAAACCUUUGAAUUGUUGAAUUGAAAAACUAUGCUAAAUGCUUCAAAAGUUAGCUUAAAAACACUCCAAUAAAGUCAAUUAUUUUAUUAUUUAUCUUUAUAAAUCUUGUUGUUUUUGAAAUGUUUUUAAUGCUGAAGGAUUUUGAAUCUGUAACAGACGAUCUGCUUUGAUGGGUGGAUUAGUGUAUUUGCCUGGGGCUUCUAUUUAAACAACGUAUUGUGAGCUUCCUCCUGUCUGGAAUAAUCAGAGCAACCAAUCCAUCUAAACACUUUGGCAAAUGUACAGAUCAUUAAAUUAAUGAGUGAUCAUUCCCAUCAGAUAGCAUGCAAUCUUUAAUUUUUGGCAUGUCCUGUCACUAAAGUUGCCGCCUUCUCUUUUGUCUUCCCUAUAUCCACUCUCAGCUACUGUAUGCACAUUCCUAACAUUGAAAGAAAUGGAUUUGCGAAGCAGAAGCACUUACAAACGUGGCAACUAGGGAAAAGGAAGCAACAAGUGAGGCGUCCAUUUUAGCCGUAGACCUUGAGCUGAAACAUUUUUAGUGGUGCUCUGAUAAAAGCCAGAAAUGCUCCGUGCAGACUAGGUGUUGAUGUCUGCCCUCGAGUUUGAUAGAUGCAGACUCUAAAAUUACAGCUCUAAUGUGAUUUAAUAAUUUAUUUCAAAUAAAAUGUCAUGCAAUAAUAAUAAUAGACUUUCAAAACAUGUCAUACCUUACACUUACUUGACUUGUUUGCUGAAUUGUUUGCUAGUUAGCUCUCAUAAAUUCAUUUCUGAGUC